GCCUCUCUCCAAUCUAAUUCUUGAUUUUCGUUUUGAUUUUUGAUUCUUCGCUCCACUGUUCGAAGGCGUAGAGGCCCCAAACCAAAGUCUCCUCUAAACGAAGAAGAUAAUGGGAUUCUUUUCGUUCUUAGGAAGGGUCCUCUUCGCUUCUCUAUUCAUCCUCUCCGCUUGGCAAAUGUACAAUGAAUUUGGUACUGAUGGUGGACCUGCAGCAAAGGAAUUGGCUCCCAAGUUAGCUGUAUUCCAGAAAUAUUUGAAGUCCAAUUUUGGGGAAGGGGCACCAAUAAUUGAUGUUAGGCAUUUUGUAGCAGCCUCCAUUGUUCUAAAAGGCCUUGGCGGCUUGCUAUUUGUAUUUGGCAGUUCCUUCGGUGCUUAUCUACUGCUAUACCACCUGGCGUAUACAACUCCACUUCUGUAUGAUUUCUAUAACUAUAGUUACGGCAAGCCAGAAUUUUUUGCGCUCGGGCAGGAGUUCUUGCAGUGUGUAGCACUUUUUGGUGCAUUGCUGUUCUUCCUCGGGAUGAAAAGCUCAAUUAUAAGGAGACAACUCAGAAAGAAGACCCCCAAAACAAAGACGAGUUAGUUCCAUUUGAAAGGUGGAUUGUUAGUAGCCUCAAGAGUUUUAAAUUUCAGACCACAAAGUAGCAGCCUCCUCGUUUUGUUGCGAAGUAGUUGUCGCCUCAUCUUUUCAGACCACGGAGUAGAAGUAGUUGUCGUGCCGCCUCAUCUUUUCAUUGCGGAUCCCCAUCUAAUCCUCCUCAAGGUGCUCCCUACUCAUUCUAGAAAGCCCUCUAUUCAGGGUGAGGUAAUUACAUGAAGAACAUGGAGUGCCAUUGUUUGUGUUUUAUCUUUUGUUGCUCCCCUAAACAUGACUUGUGAAUGAAUUGGCUCUACUGCUGAGCAGUCUCAGCGUGGUUUUCCUUGAA